AUGGCCCGGUCAGAGGAACCCCUCCUUGCGAGAUCGCCCUCGCCGAACUCCUCCACCAACGAUAUCGAGGAGGAAGACGCCCUCCUGACGGGCCAACCUACAAACCGAUCACCCGCCUCUCGAGCGCGAAAAUGGAGAGAAGCCGGCCUCUUCGUAUGGGCACUCCUGGCCACCGUCGCGGUCAUCAUUCUAGCCGUUGUCUACCAGCACGAAUCCUCCGUUGCCCGCUCAAGGCCGAAGACAGGAGGGUGGGGACCUGAUGGAAAGCCCACGGGCAAACGCAACAUGAUUUUCAUGGUUUCGGACGGCAUGGGCCCAACAUCUCUGUCCUUAACGAGGAGUUGGAGACAGCAUACUAGCGGAUUGCCUAUUGAUGAUAUCCUGGUACUGGAUAGACACUUUAUCGGAUCCUCGAGGACCCGCAGCUCGAGUAGUCUCGUCACCGACUCGGCUGCCGGAGCCACGGCCUUUUCUUGCGGAUUCAAGAGUUACAAUGGUGCGAUUUCAGUGUUGCCCGACCAUACACCAUGCGGAACGGUGUUGGAAGCGGCCAAAAGAGCAGGGUACAUGACCGGCCUGGUUGUGACGACCCGGUUGACGGAUGCUACUCCAGCGUGUUUUGCAGCCCAUGCCAACCGAAGAGAAUAUGAGGACCUCAUUGCUGAACAAAUGAUCGGCCGUUACCCUCUGGGCCGCGUUGUGGACUUGCUUAUCGGUGGCGGGAGAUGUCAUUUUCUGCCGAACACGACCGAAGGGUCCUGCAGAGCAGAUGCGACAGACGUGGUGUCCAUCGCCAAAGAGGAAUUCGGCUUUCAGUACAUUGACAAUCGACAAGAUUUCGACCAGCUCGACAACGACGGUGCCAUUGACUUACCUCUCCUGGCCCUCCUGGCCGAAACGGAUAUCCCUUACGAGAUCGACAGAGUCCAAGUGUCAGACGUCUAUCCUAGUGAAGCAGAGAUGGCUAGACUUGCACUCAAAGCAUUGUCCGCAGCGACCAAAGACUCAGACAAGGGAUUCUUCCUCAUGGUCGAAGGGUCCAGGAUCGACCAUGCCGGCCAUGCCAACGACCCAGCCGCUCAAGUACGCGAAGUGGUAGCUCACGACGAAGCAUUCGCCGCUGUGCUGAAGUUUCUCGAAGACGACCAAACCGAAGGUGUCCUUGUCUCCACGUCGGACCACGAGACCGGCGGCCUCGCCACUGCGCGACAGCUUCACGACACAUACCCUCAGUACCGAUGGUUUCCAGAAGUUCUGACGAACGCGAGCCACUCCACCGAGUUCCUGGCGCGAGAAUGGGCCAAAUACCUUGCAUCCUCGUCUUCGCCGUCUCGAAAGGAGAAAGCCCAGAAGGUCGCCGAUUUGCUAUCAUCCGGACUUGGCAUCACAGACCAUACCGACGAGGAAGUCGAUGGGAUCAUCGACGCCACUCCAAUCUGGCCUCCGGCAUACCACUUCGCCGACAUCAUCUCGCGGCGUGCACAGGUCGGCUGGUCCACACACGGCCACAGCGCGGUCGACGUGAACAUCUACGCCUCCCACCCCAAACACGCGCCGGGACUGGUGGGGAACCACGAGAACAUCGAAGUCGGCCAGUUCAUUGCGGAAUACCUCGACCUCGACCUCGAGCCCAUCACGAAGGAACUGCGGGAGAAGAAAGUCAACACGUCCUCCUCCGAGCACCAAGGCGAGGCUGGAAUUCAAGACUGGGGCGCAUGGAUGGGUCCGCCCGGUCUUCCGGCCAACGACAACGGCGAGCUCGUCUCUCUCGACGAGUACCACGGCGACUUCAAGCAUCGGAAACGCGAGGCCGAAGCCGGCUUGGACUGUGGUUGCGGCAUGAAGCAUUAA